ACUUCUUCUUCUUCUUCUUCUUCUUCUCCUUGUGUUAUUAUAUUGUCUUCAUGCGACUCAUCAUCGUGUUUCGUCCCUUCAUCACUCUCACCUCAAUUUCCUCACCACCACAGCCACCGUCGCCGGCGUCUGAUCAUUAAUUUCUCGCAAAGCUCGGCUCGCUGCUGUAAACCUUUGUUCUCUGUUUUUUGCUUGAUCUGUUGUGCAAUUGAUUUUGGUUAGUUAGCGAUCAAUCAGAUCGCCGGCGUUUUUAACCGCCAUGAAACUCUCCGACGUUGGAUUAGACGUAGUGAAGACUCCGAGAUUAGUCAAAUUGAUUGCUUUCGCGUUUCUCUCCAUCUCAACAAUUUUCUUAUUCAACCACUUCUCAGAUUCCUUCUCUUAUCCAUCUCUUCGUCUUCCCGUCUCUUCCUCCUCCUCCUCAAACAUCACCGACGCUAUUCAAACCUCCGUUACGGCAGAAGCACCGUCUCCUCCACCGCGCCCGCGUCUCAAGAUUUCGCCUCCUCCGCUUCCACCGACAGUGGUGCGGACAGGGAUCAUCGACGAGAAUGGUGCCAUGUCUGAUUCUUUCGAGAUCGGCGGAUUCGAUCCGGACUCCGUCGACGAGCUUAAAUCAGCCACCGGGGAUAAAGAAGCGUCGGUGGAUAAUGAUUCAGAAAUCGGAUUCCGGAUUGAAAAAUUCAACUUUUGUGAUAAGAAGAAGACGGAUCACAUUCCUUGCUUGGACAAUGAAGAAGAGAUCACGAGAUUGAACAGUAGCGAUCGAGGAGAAAAGUACGAGAGACAUUGUCCUAAACAGAGCCUCGAUUGCUUGAUUCCUCCUCCGGAUGGCUAUAAGAAACCAAUCCCAUGGCCACAAAGCAGAGACAAGAUAUGGUUCAGUAAUGUGCCUCACACACGCUUAGUGGAAGAUAAAGGAGGUCAAAAUUGGAUUAGAAGAGAGAAAGACAAGUUUGUUUUCCCUGGAGGUGGAACUCAAUUCAUCCAUGGUGCUGAUCAGUACUUAGACCAGAUCUCCCAGAUGAUUCCUGGGAUUAAGUUUGGAAUACACACUCGUGUUGCCUUGGAUAUUGGCUGUGGUGUGGCGAGCUUCGGUGCCUUUUUGAUGCAGCGUAACACUACAACCUUGUCUGUAGCACCAAAAGAUGUCCACGAGAAUCAGAUACAGUUUGCAUUGGAGCGCGGCGUGCCUGCAAUGGUUGCUGUCUUUGCCACACGGAGAUUGUUGUUUCCAAGCCAAUCUUUUGAGAUGAUUCAUUGUUCCAGAUGCAGAAUUAAUUGGACCCGCGAUGAUGGGAUACUUCUUCUUGAAGUGAAUAGAAUGCUUAGAGCAGGAGGGUACUUUGUUUGGGCUGCACAACCCGUUUACAAACAUGAGGAUAACUUGCAAGAGCAGUGGAAAGAAAUGUUAGACCUUACGAACCGAAUCUGUUGGGAGCUUAUCAAGAAAGAGGGAUAUAUUGCUGUGUGGAGGAAGCCUCUAAACAACAGCUGCUAUGUCAAUCGUGAAGCUGGAGCAAAGCCUCCUUUGUGUAGAUCUGAUGAUGAUCCUGACGAUGUUUGGUAUGUGAAUCUGAAACCGUGUAUCACCCGAUUACCUGAUAAUGGUUAUGGGGCUAAUGUCUCCACAUGGCCUGCACGUCUUCAUGAUCCGCCAGAGCGGUUACAAAGCAUCCAAAUGGAUGCCUAUAUAUCCCGAAAGGAAAUUAUGAAGGCAGAGUCAAGAUUUUGGUUAGAGGUAGUAGAGAGUUAUGUGCGGGUUUUCCGGUGGAAGGAGUUCAAGCUGAGGAAUGUUCUGGACAUGAAAGCUGGUUUUGGAGGGUUUGCGGCAGCAUUAAAUGAUCUCGGGCUUGACUGUUGGGUGAUGAACGUUGUUCCUAUUAGUGGAUUCAACACCUUGCCAGUUAUUUAUGACCGUGGGCUUGUUGGAACUAUGCAUGACUGGUGUGAGCCAUUUGACACCUACCCAAGAACCUAUGACCUGAUACAUGCUGCAUUUCUCUUCUCUGUUGAGAAGAAGAGGUGCAACAUUACAAAUAUUAUGUUGGAAAUGGACCGGAUGCUGAGACCGGAAGGAAGGGUUUACAUAAGGGAUUCACUAUCUUUGAUGGAUCAACUUCAACAAGUGGCUAAAGCCAUCGGUUGGACAGCUGGGGUUCAUGAUACCGGGGAAGGACCUCAUGCAAGCGUUAGGAUUCUCAUCUGCGAUAAACGGAUGUGAGGAAACAAGAUAAAGAAUUCGAAGGUGAUGAUAAGUCUGCUCAAAGCGACAGUCCUGAGUUAUAUAAUUGAUACUUGUAUGUUGUUCAUUUGUUUGUUGAUUUGAUUGUUGUAGAAUGAAGUGUGUUAAUAAUACCACUUGAGCCAUUUUUUACACUAAACAAAAGAUUCAUUUC